AUGGAAAGAGCUAUGUCUUCGAAGGAACACGAGGACAAGGACUCAUCGCCCAAUGAUGGGAACAAUUCUUAUGCCGAAUCGGUACAAAGUUUUGAAGCUCACAAUGCUGAAGACCCAGAGCAGAUGGGUGCUACUUCGCAAUUAUCGCGCCAUAUAAGUCAAAUGCUGUCCAAUGAGGAUGGUGUUGAAAGAUUGGCUUCUAUGGCAAGAGUCUUGUCUACCAAGACCAAGAAGGAAAUGGACAAAUUUGAAGUGGAUACUUUGGAUUUUGAUCUACGUGCACUUUUGAACUAUUUGAGAUCACAUCAGUUGUCCCAAGGUAUUGAACCAGGUGAUUCCGGUGUUGCUUUCAAGAAUUUGACAGCAGUCGGUGUCGAUGCUUCUGCUGCUUUCGGCCCUAGUGUUGAAGAAAUGCUUAGAAACCUUGUGACUGCACCAGCGCAUAUGUCUCGUUUGUUCGGUAAGAAAGAUGAUGUUCCUUUGAGAAACAUCAUUCAAAAUUGUUCCGGUGUUGUCGAGUCCGGUGAAAUGUUGUUUGUUGUCGGUAGACCAGGUGCAGGUUGUUCUACUUUGCUAAAAUGUGUCUCUGGUGAAACUAGUGAAUUGGUUGAAGUUAAUGGUGAAUUCUCUUACGAUGGUUUGGAACAACAUGAGAUGAUGUCUAACUACAAAGGUUACGUCAUCUACUGUCCCGAACUGGAUUUCCAUUUCCCAAAGAUUACAGUUAAAGAGACUAUCGAUUUUGCACUAAAAUGUAAAACACCAAGAGUCAGAGUCGAUCAAAUGACUAGACAAGAAUAUGUCGAUAACGUCAGAGAUAUGUGGUGUACCGUUUUUGGUCUAAGACACACUUACGCUACCAAGGUUGGUAACGAUUUCGUUAGAGGUGUCUCUGGUGGUGAAAGAAAGCGUGUAUCUUUAGUGGAAGCUCAAGCUAUGGGUGCUUCGAUUUACUCAUGGGAUAAUGCCACUAGAGGUUUAGAUGCUUCCACUGCGUUGGAAUUCGCACAGGCAAUUAGAACAGCUACUAAUAUGAUGAAUAAUUCGGCUGUCGUUGCCAUUUACCAAGCUGGUGAAAACAUCUAUGAACUUUUCGAUAAAGCUACAGUGUUAUACAAUGGUAAGCAAAUUUACUUUGGACGUGCUGAUCAAGCCGUCGGAUACUUCCAAAGAAUGGGUUGGAUUAAACCAAACAGAAUGACUUCUGCUGAAUUCUUGACAAGUGUUACCGUGGACUACGAAAACAGAACUUUGGACAUUGCUCCUGGUUACGAAGAUAAAGUCCCUAAAUCCGGUUCAGAGUUUGAAGAAUACUGGUUAAACUCCGAAGAGUACCAAGAAGUGCUAAGAAGUUACGAUGACUACCAAGCUAGACAUCCUGCAGCAGAAACCAGGGACAGAUUAGAAGUUGCCAAGAAGCAAAGAUUACAAGUUGGUCAACGUGCUAAGUCCCAAUUUGUUGUCAACUACUGGACUCAAGUCUGGUACUGUAUGAUGCGUGGUUUCCAAAGAGUUAAAGGUGAUUCGACGUAUACAAAGGUUUAUUUGUCUUCUUUCUUGAUUAAAGGUUUGGUUGUUGGUUCCAUGUUUCACAGAAUUGAUCCCAAGAGUCAGUCCACUACAGAAGGUGCUUACUCUCGUGGUGGUCUAUUGUUCUACGUCUUACUUUUCGCUGCUGUUACUUCUUUGGCCGAAAUUGCCAACUCUUUUGCAACUAGACCAAUUAUUGUCAAACAGAAAUCUUACUCCAUGUACCACAUCUCUGCUGAAUCAUUGCAAGAAAUUUUCACCGAAGUUCCAACUAAAUUGAUCGCAAUUGUCGUUUUGUCUUUGGUCUCCUACUGGAUUCCAUACUUGAAAUUUACCGCCGGUGCUUUCUUCCAAUACAUGCUUUACCUGUUCACAGUCCAACAAUGUACUUCUUUCAUCUUCAAGUUUGUCGCUACACUUACAAAGGAUGGUGAAACUGCCCAUGCUGUUGGUGGUCUUUAUGUUCUGAUGCUUUGUACUUAUACUGGUUUCGUCUUGCCCAUUGGACAAAUGCAUCAUUGGAUUAGAUGGUUUCACUAUCUAAACCCAUUGACCUAUGGGUUUGAAAGUUUAAUGUCCACUGAAUUUCACGGAAGAGAGAUGUUAUGUAGUAAUAUGGUGCCAAGUGGUCCUGGUUAUGAAAACGUUUCCGUCGCUAACCAAAUUUGUGACGCAGCUGGUGCUAUAAAGGGACACUUGUAUGUUAGCGGUGAUGCUUACAUCAAGAACCAAUACCAUUUUGCCUACAAACAUGCUUGGAGAGAUUGGGGUAUUAAUGUCGUUUGGACAUUUGGUUAUAUUGUCUUAAACGUCGUGCUAUCUGAAUUUUUGAAACCAUUGGAAGGUGGUGGUGAUUUACUGCUAUACAAGAGAGGUCAUAUGCCUUCUUUCGGUACCGAAUCUGCCGAGGCCAGAACUGCUACCAGACAAGAAAUGAUGGAAGCUUUGAACGGUCCAGGUGUCGAUUUGCAAAAGGUUAUUGCCAGUAAAGAUGUUUUCACUUGGAACCACCUGGACUACACUAUUCCUUACGAUGGUGCAACCAGACAAUUAUUGAGUGAUGUUUUUGGAUACGUGAAACCUGGUAAAAUGACUGCUUUAAUGGGUGAAUCUGGUGCUGGUAAGACUACUUUGUUGAACGUUCUUGCUCAAAGAAUCAAUAUGGGUGUUAUCACAGGUGAUAUGCUUGUCAAUGCUAAACCAUUGCCUGCCUCUUUCAACAGAUCUUGUGGUUAUGUUGCACAAGCUGAUAACCAUAUGGCCGAACUUUCUGUCCGUGAAUCCUUGAGAUUUGCUGCCGAGUUAAGACAACCUGCUUCUACUCCAUUGGAAGAAAAGUACGAAUACGUCGAGAAAAUCAUUACUUUAUUGGGUAUGCAAAACUAUGCUGAAGCAUUGGUCGGUAAGACCGGUAGAGGUUUGAAUGUCGAGCAAAGAAAGAAAUUGUCUAUUGGUGUUGAACUGGUUGCAAAACCAUCUCUAUUGUUGUUUUUGGAUGAACCUACUUCUGGUUUAGAUUCUCAAUCCGCUUGGUCCAUUGUCCAAUUCAUGAGAGCUUUAGCAGAUUCCGGUCAGUCCAUCUUGUGUACCAUUCAUCAACCUUCCGCUACUUUAUUCGAACAAUUUGAUAGACUACUGUUAUUGAAGAAGGGUGGUAAGAUGGUUUACUUUGGUGAUAUCGGUGAAAACUCUAAUACUUUGCUAAACUACUUCGAGCGUCAAUCUGGUGUUAAAUGUGAUAAAUCUGAGAAUCCUGCUGAAUACAUGUUAAACUGUAUCGGUGCUGGUGCAACUGCCAGUGUUGAUGCCGACUGGCAUGAACUAUGGAAGAGUUCUCCUGAAUGUGCUGCCGCAAGGGAAGAAGUUGAAGAACUUCAUAGAGUUCUUCCAAGUAGACCCACCUCAGAUGAUCCGGAACUUGCAACUAGAUUUGCUGCUUCUUAUGCAGCUCAAAUGAAGGCCCUGUUGAGAAGAACCGCUCUGCAAUUCUGGAGAUCUCCAAUCUACAUCAGAGGUAAGUUCUUAGAAUGUGUGUCAUGUGCUCUUUUCGUCGGUCUUUCUUAUGUUGGUGUCAACCACUCGAUUGCUGGUGCCCAACAAGCUUUCUCCUCCAUUUUCAUGAUUUUGCUGAUUUCCCUGGCUAUGAUCAAUCAAUUGCAUGUUUUCGCUUAUGCAAGUAGAGAACUGUACGAAGUGAGAGAAGCUGCUUCAAACACAUUCCACUGGAGUGCUUUGUUGUUGAGUCAUUACAUGGUCGAAACUAUGUGGUCUACCAUUUGUCAGUUCAUGUGUUACAUUUGCUACUACUGGCCUGCCCAAUACAGCGGUAGAGCUUCACAUGCCGGUUUCUUCUUCUUCUUCUACGUGCUAAUCUUCCCAGCUUAUUUCUGCUCUUACGGUUUGUGGAUUCUAUACAUGUCCCCAGAUGUUCCUUCUGCUUCGAUGAUCAACUCCAACCUGUUCGCAGCCAUGUUGUUGUUCUGUGGUAUCCUGCAACCCAAACAAAAGAUGCCUGGUUUCUGGAGAAGAUUCAUGUACAACGUCUCGCCAUUCACUUACGUUGUCCAAGCACUUGUUGGUCCACUAGUCCAUGGUAAGCCAGUUAUCUGUAACGAACAUGAAUUCACCAAGAUGGACCCUCCUGAGGGCCAGACCUGUGGAGAAUACUUGAGCACCUACAUGAGCAACAACCCCGGUUACCUAACCAACUAUGACGCCACCUCCGACUGUCGCUACUGUCCUUUCUCGGUGCAAGACGAGGUCGUCGCACAAUUCAACGUCAAGUGGAAGCAAAGAUGGAGAAACUUCGGGUUUAUGUGGGCAUACAUAAUCUUCAACCUCUUCGCCAUGUGUAUCUGCUACUACAUCAUGAGAGUUAAGGUUUGGUCGUUGAAAUCGGUGCUAGAUUUCAAGAAAUGGUUCAACGGACCAAGAAAAGAUAGACACGAAAAGGAUACCACUAUCUUCCAGCAAAAACCAGGUGACACGGACAAGAUCAAGAAGACUUAG